ACACAGAGCUGAAGAUGGCGGAGAGCUGCUGUUGGCUGUUAGUUUUGGGUUCUGUUUUGCUGUGCAGUUUGUUGAAAGCGCUGCUGCCCACAGUCUCCUUGUGUAUAGCCAAACUCCUGCAGAAGGACGGAGAGACUGAGCUCCAAAUGAGAAUCGAAAUUGGAAACAUGAAGCAGGAGUUGGCAACAAUCAGCAUGAUGGAUGAGUUUGCCAGAUAUGCCCGGCUGGAACGCAAGAUCAACAAGACGACGGACAAACUGAAGACUCACGUGAAAACCAGAACGGCACAGUUAGCCAAGAUCAAGUGGGUGGUGACCAUUGUUUUCUACGUUCUACAGGCUGCUCUGAUGAUCUCUCUGAUCUGGAAGUACUACUCGGAGCCUGUCACAGUGAUGCCCAGUAAAUGGAUCGCGCCUCUGGAGAAGCUGGUGGCAUUCCCCACAGGAAUACCAGGUGGUGUGGGAAUUACCUGCUGGCUCCUGGUGUGCAAUAAAGUGGUGGCCGUGGCUCUAAACUGCGCCCAGUCGAUCGAGCUGUGACCGACCACAAUCGUCUGACUCCUCGCAGGUCUCUUCAAUUUCCACCGAUACCCAUCACACGUGACUGCUCGUGUCUGGAAAAUCUCUGAAUCUCGGUCGCCCUCGCCCCUCCGCCCGAGAUUCAGUGGUUGGUUUGAAGGUCUUUGAGACACUUGUGAGUUUUUUUUUAAAAAAUAAAAAAAAAAUCUGCACUGACUUGGAGGGUGUGUGUGAGAGAGAGAGAGAGAGAGAGAGAGAAAGCACACACACACACUCCCUCCAAACCCGUGGAGGUCAACAGUUUUGUGUAAAAUGUAAAGAUUUUUGUUUCCUACUGCGGACUACUUAAAAGUAGCAGUUUUAGUUUAGUAACUGAACCAGAUUUAGUUUGUUUUCUUGAGCGGCAGAGAGACUGCAGGAAUGUGCUGGCACAAAGAGUGUUAGUGAUGCGCAGCUGACAACCCCCACGGUGUGUCUCACCACAAUUUACCGGGUGAACGGUCACGUCCACAACACAGCCGAAUUGCUGAGGUGUAACUACAGACAGACGUUAAACCUAGGACCCAAAGGUGCCCAGUCAGUUUGAUGUUAAAAGAGAAGAGAAGGGAGUUUCGCUCUCCCAAGUGUCCUGUCCCAACAAAAUUGGUCACUCGCCUCAUGGCAGUUUGUGGGGACAUUGGCAGGCUCGCUGUUUCGUUGUUGGAAAUAUGUCGAGAGGACAGGAAACCAGAUUCACACUGACGUGCAGGAGCGUUUAAAACUGAGUUUAAAUCUUUUAAAACUUAAAUGCUUUCAGACGCUCUCGAUUUUGCAGCCACUCAACCAUUCAGGGAAUGAACAUCGUUAUAACUUGGAGUCCUGUAGCCUAUUGUUGUGGAGUCCUGUAGCAUAGUGGUUAGCACGCUCGCCCCGCAAGCGAGAGGACCCGGGUUCGAUUCCCGAAAUCGGGGAAAAAACCUCAGGCAUGUUUCCUUACUCCACACACCUCUCUCUGUUUGCCUUGAGGUAAUUAGGAACCCCGUUGUUAAGUCGACUGGUGGAUCUCUUCCUGGGGGUAAUAAUCCCAUCAUCAAAAAAAAUUACUCAAUCACUGGUCACUCAAUUCACGACUUUGUGGGUUAUUGCUGUGUGCAAUUGGCUGCCGCGUUUCGCCCACAAAAUACAGUCAAUCCACUUUACAAUAUAUUCUGUGAGGCGCUUUGAGACAUCUCAAUGAUGUGAUAAGGUGGUAUGUCAUAGGCAUUAUUAUUGAUAAUAAUACAAGCUGUGUAUCUUGUGUGUGUUGCAAUGCUACAUUCUUGUUGGAGCUCCUCAACUUUGAAUGUAUUCACUGUUUUCAUGUGUUUAUGGGUUUGUGCGUAUAUGUGUGUUUUUCAUUACUGUAAAUAAAGGACAGUGAUGGGC